AUGGGGUCGCCCGGCACCCCAAUGGGUGUGCUGCAGGCCGACUUCCAGCGCCUCAUUGAUCAGGCCUUGCUGUCACCGGUGGAGAGCACGCCGGGCACAGACGAUGCCGCUUCCAGCAAAGCCAGCACGCCGCACCAGCAGCGAUACGAGCCACAGCAACACCCUCAAAUGCACAAGCGCGCGCUGCAGGGCUCCCCUGGCCUCUCGCCCGUCCGCUGGUCACAAGCCUCAAUGCAAGUGUAUGAGCUGGACACGCCGGCUGUGAUGCGCACAGCAACAAAGCAGUCCACCUCCAGCAGCGUGGCCUCUGCCGUCUCGUAUGAGCUUGAUGCGGACGCAAGUACGUCCCAGAUCUUCAACAGCUCAACGCACAGCGAAAACGCGGCCAAGAGCAAUUCGUCGACCAACGACAGCUCUGAUACCUCCAGCGAUGAGUCUGUGGCACGCGUGUGGCUGACGGGAGACAAGGAGAACAGCCAGGCCAACGCAUCGACCAAUAAUGACGCCGAGAACAACAGCGCUGUCUCUCGUCGCUUCAUCACGCCCAUCAUCACGCCAUCACCCAACUCCACACCCCCGGCCAGCGUGAAGCUGUGGCGCCACCCGUUUACACCGAGCACAGCCGCAACCCACCGCCAGCAACACAACAAAGAGAACGGCAACAACAGCUUCGAGUGUUACAGCGAGAACCACACACCCUCGUCAACAAACCAAGCAUCUGACAUGCCGCAAACCACACAGCGCAACGCACGUGGUCAGAAGCCAUCCAGCAAGUCCCCAUACACCAAGGUGCUCCAGCAAAACAACGGCAGACACGCUCACCGAUCCCCACUGAGCAACUGCACGACAGCACACAAGACAAGAUUCGGCGAUGACGAGGAGUACACUUCAACUCGCCCCAAGGGCAACGCAGCAAUCGCCACCACCAGGAGCAGCAACAACAGCGAUGACAAGAAAAAGGAGAUGCCUGUGGGAGACAGUCUCCGUGACGAGAACGCAGCCGCAGCUGGAGUACCGCCCGUUCCUUGCCGCAGCAAGAAGCCAGCGCCAAAGCCACUUCCCAAGACUCCAAAAGUGUACGAGAAGGCGCGACAGUACAAGCGCGAGCGCGAGCAGAAGCAGCGAGUCGCAGAAGUGAAAGUCGACGACAAGUCUUCGCAGCAGCAGCAGAAGGAGGUUGACCAACAGGAACAACACAAUGAAGAACAGCAACAGCAACAGCAACAGCAACAGCAGCAGGAGCAGCAGGAAGAGUGCGGUCCGGAACAUGGCGGCGAGCAGAUGCGACCACGACAGAGCAAGCGGCUUGUGAAGCAGGGUGCGCGUGUGCGGCUGUCGCUGCCAAAUGCCAAACAGAAGCUGCGGGCCCCGCCACAGUCCGCACGUGGCAUGCACCCGAACGCGCGGGUGACGUACCUUGGCGAGCCGUUUGGGACAGCAAGCCGCAUUCUGCAAUCGGCAAGCAAGAACUGCGCUGGCCGCAACUCGCCACGCACACGCAAGGAGGAGGAGCAACGCAUGCUGAGGCAGCACCUGCGCAGUAUGCGCCACUGCACGUUCGCCGAAAAGCUGCGAAUCUUCCGCCAAGCAGAGCUGAUGUAUGGUGGCAUGGCAAGCCAGAUGUCCAUGCGCAACGAUGGAAGCAUGGGCGACGAUGAAGACGAGGUCGAUGCAACCGAGCAGCCACAGCCUGUGUCGGCUGCACUGGGUGGGCUUCGAGGCUCUGUGGCCAGCAGAGGUGCACACAAGGCGGCGCGCACACCAGCACACUGGGCAGAGGAACAUGACCUGCACAGCACGAUCAACGACCUGUCUGAGCUGUUGGAUGUGGACGAGCUCAUUGCCCGCCACUCUGCGGACGGCAGUUACGUCAGCUCUGCCAGCUCCCAGACCUCUUCCAACCAAUCGGGCGUGAGCGAGGGGCGCGAGGUGUUUGAUGACAUUGAGCGCCACUUCAACUCCGCCAACACGCUGGCCACCACUCUGAUUGAGCGUCUUCGUAUGCGUGCAAGCAACAACAGCAGCACCCUCCUCAGCGGCCUGCGCCAGCGGCUGGGCGACGCAGAGCAGCAGAUUGAUGCGCUGAAGAAGGACAAGGUGCGGCUGCAGCGGCAGGUCGACGACGCGUCAAACGAGAACAGGCGCGUGCGUGAGGACCUCGAUUGCCUGCAGGCACAGCUGGUGAAGGCGCGCGAAGCGGCAGAGGCGUGCCGCGACAAACACGCCGAACAUGUUCACGAGAUGAAGCAGGAGUGGGAGGCUGAGCGCCGGCAGCUUGAGAAGCAGAUUAAGCUUGCCAAGCGCGUGAGCGGCAUCAUGCUACCAGACCCACAGACUAUGUCAUCCACCACCACUACCACCAACACGACGGCUGCGACCACAACAGCGGCUACGACUGCGGGUGUGGAGUUGGCGGAUGCGGCGACGCAGAGCAACACAUCCACAGCCUCCACCGGUGGCCGUGUUGCUGCAAGCACAAACGACUCUGUCAGCAGCACGCGCAGCAACACCGAGUGCAGCCAGCAGGUGAUUAGCGAGCAGAUGGAGGAAAUUGAGAACCUAACGCGGGACAUGCGGGCGCUGCGUGAGAAGACAGAGGCUGAGUUGGGCGCUCUCCGACAAGAACUCGACGCCAAGUCCACCCUCGUUGCAGAACUGCAAGGGCAAGUGGACGAAACCACACGUGAGCGCACGCGGGCAGAGGAGGACCUGGCGCAGCUCAAGAAGCACAUGGCCACGCGCGAUGAAGAGCAUCAACAAGAGAUUGAGCGAACCCGGCAGGAGCACAACGCGAGGGAGACGGAGCUUGCAAGUCUGGUGACGGCGCUUGAAGAGGAGCUGAUGGCCACCACGGAGCAGGUGCGCAAGGAGAAGGCGACGCUGAUCCAGGCGCUGCGUGACAAGGACGGCGAGCGCCGCGAGGCUGUGCAGCAGGUCAGCUCUCUCAAGAAACAGGUGCAGUUGCUCAUGGAGGAGCAGGAAGCGCGCGAGCGGGAGUAUGCCGAGCGCGCGACCGCCGCUGCUGCCGCCGUUUCUGUUGACGACUCAGACACGGGCUCGUCAGGACCACCACAUUCAUCGUCAUCAUCGUCAUUGCCUUCACCGCCGCCGGCCAGCAAGGCGACGCGCGCGCGCGGGCAGCCGGAUGCGGGCAGUGGUGAGGAGCAGGACGCGGUGGUGAAGCAGACGCCAGCGUGGCGCAAGCAAGACGCCAUGCUGGCACUCAACAGCACGGCGGCAGUUGCGAGCACACCCGCACCACACACAGCUGGUGUCGCUGGCAAGAAAGGGAAGAAGGGCAAGUGCAGAGGAAAGGGCAAGAAGGCGCGCAGCGACCAGCACAGCGUGAGCGCGAUUGUUGGCGAUGGCGGUGGUGUGGUUCCCAUGACAGACCUGGCUGAGUACCGCAACCACCUCAUGGACAUGACGCAGCGCAACGCGUCCACCGUGUCCGCCCCUUGCUUCUACACCAACGACAGCAUCGCUGACGACACACGGCUUGGCGGCGACAACGACGAUGACGAUGAUGUCGGCGACGACAUGAACGAGAGCGCGCACCACCCGAAAGUGUACAUCAACCCGCGCAUGCGUGAAGGGUUCUUCAAGCGCAUGGGUCGGCGCCUUCGUAGGCGCAAGGACGGGCGCGGCUACCAUCACAUGUAG